GGAUCUGCAAUGCGUCAAGCAAUGGCGCUUAAUGUUACCUCAGUGGUUUUGGAAAAUGGUGUAACCGGACAGUCUACAUUGUAACACAGAGUAUUUUUGCAACACUGUAAAUAAUUGCUUACGACAAGACGUUUCUUUCAGUCUUUGUAGUUUCUCAAAAUGUUUCCGCCUCACCUGGCAAGGGCUCGAUUUGAGUUUUUCGGGAGGAGUGGUGGUGAUUGGCGAUUGGUCACCGCAAACAUACACGGAACAUGUAGUCGCGGAAUUUUAAAUGGCGGGUUUCGAUGAAGGAAUAUAGAAUUACAAUAUUAGAAAGCUUGUGCUGAUUCCAAGUCUAUUUUGUAAAUUAGACCAGUACUGGAUACAAAAAUCAAGAUUUAUCAAUUUACUAUGGCUAAACAAACUGUUUAAUAGUAAUGAUGAUUGAUUUUAGACAAUUAUCUCGCAGCCUGCAACAAUCAAUGGACUGGAAAACCAUUGAAUUAACGAUGAAUCCCAACAACAUUCACGCUUUAAUCAGUUUAUGGAAGUGACUGAUUGAUUCAUGCUCAACGAUGAAUAGGCUAAACUAAAUCAUAAAAUGUGCCAUCAAGAUAACAUGAUUUAGCCUAAAAUUAUAGCUACUACCCCUCCAACAAACCACAGUCGCUUCUGAGAUGACGUCAUAUUUAUCCGACUGUUUACAUGCAGAGGAGAACAACACAUGGCUCUAUUUCCAGCUUUUGUACGAUUAUCAAAUACAAAACCUGAGAAUGCACCUAAAGACAACAGAUAGGGAGGAUAAGAAUGGCUACCCAUCCAAGAAGAAUAAAAAGAAGAAGAAGAAGAAUAAAAAGAAGAAGUACAAGAAGAAGAAUGGAGAACCCUCUACAGCAAGCAGUGGCUCAUAUUCAAAUACUAUCUACUCCAGUGAUCUCCUGAAAAAGGCUGAGACUACACCUCACACAUAUGACCUCACUCCCUUUGUUCCCAGUGAGACCCAGUCACUCAGAUUUACAUGCUCUGUGAGGAGGUGCAGUGUCAGCUGGAGGGGUCUUUUGUGUGGCUGGACGACCUCUAGACCCCCACCGAUUGGCCCUUCUGCGUGGACAGAAGAGCAGACCUUUCCAACUUGGAGUACAAAUCGCUCUACAGAGAAGACAUCGCUAGCCAUCUUCCUCCAGCAGUGUCAUUUCCUCAGGCAUGCAGGCCACUCAGAAAAGGCUGUGCGCCUGUUCCAGUGCCUGCUGGACUUGACCUUCUUCAAGCCAGACCUAUCCACCAGACAACAGAUGAUGAAGAUGAUAAAGAUCAGGAGGAAUCAGAGGUGAAGGAUAAGACCUGGCCCAAGUGGAGGAUCUGGUUGGACGCAGAGACGUUACAUGAGGCCAUCUAUUGGCUGCCGUGGAGGGCAGACAAAACCAAAGGCCAAUCGGUGGAGGACUGUGAGGACCCGGACUUACAGCCUACAGUUCCUGAAGCCUGCUGCUGGAUGACCUGGCUCUGCUGGGAGACGUUCAUGAUCCUGACUCACCUCUGACGACCUUCCCGUCAGCCCCGUGGGUCACAUGACUUCGCUGCAGGGCACCAGGAGGGGGGCUUGGCUGUGCAAGCAGGGGGAGGAGUUUCUGUUCUCUACUCAGGAGAGAUCCGUCUUCUCACUGCACUGGAUCCAGUAUGAGAAGCUCAAGGUAACGCCAGGUUAUCCUAGCUACAAGCUUUAGAGUCAGGCAACCAUAUGCUCAGCCAAGGGCAAUUCCUUUGGUUUGAAAGGCUUUUUCUAAUCGUGAAGGAAUUAAAAGUAAUUGUAAGUGGAGGUGGAGGAGGAGGAGGCCUGGCGAGGGGGUACGGACAGAGCAGUGGCAGGGAAGACUGUCACUAGGUUAAGUAGGCUCUAGUUUAGUCUAAUCUUGAUUAUUGUCCAGUCGUGUGGUGCAGUGCUGCAAGGAAAGACCUAGUUAAGCUGCAGCUGGCCCAGAACAGAGCGGCACGUUCUGCUCUUCAUUGUAAUCAGAGGGCUGAUAUAAAUACUAUGCAUGCCAGUCUCUCUUGGCUAAGAGUUGAGGAGAGACUGACUAUCACAUUAAUCUGUUGAAAAUCCCAAAUGGUUUGCAAUUCAAGUUACACACAGCUCUGACACACACACUUAUCCCACCAGACAUGCCACCAGGGGUCUUUUCACAGUCCACAAAUACAGAAAAAGUUCAAGAAAGCGUACACUAUAAUAUAGAGCCUUUAAUGCAUGGAACUUUCUUCCAUCUCAUAUUGCUCAAAUAAACAGCAAACCUGGUUUCAAAAAACAAAUAAAGCGACACCUCACGGCACAACUCCUCUCCCCUAUUUGACCUAGACAGUGUGUGUGUAUGCAUUGAUAUGUAGGCUACGUGUGCCUUCAUGUAAUUCUGUCCUUGAGCUGUUCUUGUCUAGUGAUGUUCUGUAUUAUGUCAUUCUGUAUUAUGUUUCAUGUUUUGUGUGGACCCCAGGAAGAGUAGCUGCUGCUUUUGCAACAGCUAAUGGGGAUCAUAAUAAAAUACCAAAUACCACUACCGCAGUGUCUUCACGAGCGGUCUCUAUCCUCACCAAGCUAGCAGAGGGUAGUUCGUAUGCCCCCUUCACUGGACAGGUGGCUCCAGUGGCCGUUCGGAAGCCCAGGAAGGCAUAUGAGCAGCCGGUGGUGAGCUUCCUGCCGGGCAGGUCAAAGGACUAGUGGGGUGGUAUGCCCUGUUCCAUUACCUGACUGUGGGGGUUGAUGCUGCAGAUGCAGUCUACAGCCUGGCCAAGGAGAGGCUGGAGCAACACCCCAGUAUGUCAGCCCAGGGGUCAGCUAGCAGCGAGCGACACAGACACAGAGCUCUACUGCCUCCGAGGGUGAUGCCCUGGCUGUCCAGCAGGCGGCACUGCUGUGCUACCACAGCAGCACCCGCGUGUACCCAGUCAGCCAUCUCAGACUGGAGCUGACCUCGGUGCUAGCCUGCUCUGGCUCGAGUGCCCCCCUGUGGCAGCUCUAUGUGCCUACCAAAGCGGCGGCAGGGCAUGCCGCUUCUUCCACAGCGUGACCAAGGCUAGCGCCUGUUCGCCAUCAGUGCAGAGGAAGCAGCUGGUAGACGCUACAGACGUGGGAACACUGAGGAUGGAAGACUUUAAUCAGUAUCAAUUUAAUCAAAUAAUGUUGAUAACAGAGCACACACACAGAUAGUACUAGUCUGCAGUAGCUCACAUUUAGAUUGAAGUUCAUUGGGUUAGCUAACUGGAGGAUUUUUCGGAGUUGUUAUUGCUUUCUUGGCAGGUCUGGUUGCUAUGGCGACACCUUCUCCAACCUUCCAGAGAACGGCCUAAGCAAACGUAUUCGCUCACUGUUUGAGAACGCCAUAGCAACAGAGCACGGGGUCCCACUGUCCGUGGCUGUGGAGGAUGUACAUGAACUUCCUGGUGUCAGAAGGGAAAGUGGAGAAGGGAAGAGUGCUCUCCAGGAUGUCCCAUGGGCCAAGGGUUUAUACAUGGACACGGUGCAGCUCUUUCCUGAGCACGUGCAGGAGUUCCUGGACCUGAUGACAGAGAAGGAGCUCAGACAGGGUUCCCAUGGAGGAGGUGGACAUACUGCUGGAGGACUGAGGCUCUAAAACUCAGUGCAACAGGAGCCUGGCUUCCUCAGAUACUACUGUGGACACCCAGACGUCGUGCACUGACCAAUAGAACAGUGUCCUCAGAAAAAAUUGCAUUUUACUUUUCAAACAGUGUGAAUAAAUGAUUUUACACAUACGCUGUAUUAUGUGUUCAUUCAAAAAUGUCCAUAUUUUGAUGGAUUUAAUAUCUAUUUUUAUAUCAAGGACUUGAGUUUAAACUGAUUUAAAAAAAAUAGAUUACUCUGAUAAUUUAAAAUGAAUGUUUUGUUUCCCAACACUGGUCUGCCAAGCUUUAUUUAAAAAUAAGCUCUAAAAUAAGCUCUAAGCCUUUCACGCAUUGUGAAUCCUGAGGGAUGCUAGUGUGCAUUUCCUGCGGGAUAACGACAUCACAGCUAAAUGGUGUGGAACGGAGCACACCGGAGUGUACACUUUGGAGUCAGGAGGGAAGGAGAGAGGAAACACAGACAUGAGGGUAGAGAAGCUUUAUAUAGUCCCAUUACUGCUUAUCCUUCAGAGUAGUAGAGCAUCCACUCUGGCUGUCUCAGGUGAGUCUGACACUUCUGAUGACCUUUAACCUAUUAUAAUGUGCCUCUGUGAGUUUCCUGGAUUAGCAUCUGCCUUUACAUGCUACUAACUAAAUGCUACCUUUCUACUUGAUACCAACUACUCAGGCUGUGCUAUGGUGAUGUAGAACUCCAUUAGUGAAAUAUAUGGUAACAUGGAUAUCAUGUAGUCUUCAUAGCUUCUCACUUCAUAGCUGUAUUUAUGUUUUUUCUUGAAAUCAGAUCAACAGAACUUUUACCUUAUAUAUUUGAAAAUUACUUCCAUUCAUGAUGAUCUAUAUUCUGAUCACAGAUAAAGAAUGUAAUGAUGAUGCAUUUCCUGUCCGGGAAGACUGUGAAGUUGACACAGUGUGUGGAGAAGCUAUAUGUCAUCACAACCAGUAUGUCACCUGCCAUGUCAACCGCUGUGGCACCUGUGAACCUGUGUUCCGAGGCUAUGACAACAUCACUGUCAACUGCACCCAGUUGACUCCCAAGUGUCGUCUAAUACACCUGGAGAUGUUGAGCAAGCACAGGACAGGAACCAUGUUAACUGGGGGGAGUUUAGGGACAAAGUACCAUCCAAACUGUGAUGGAGCUGGUAUGUUCAGACCUAAACAGUGCAGAGAGGAGGACACCAAACUAUGCUGGUGUGUUAACAAGGCUGGAGUCCCAAUCUCUGACAAGACCCAUGACCCCCUCAAAUGUGACAGGCUGGUCACAGUCCAUGUCAUUGAUAUUCAAUUCACAUUUAAAGUGGAGUUCACACCUGUUGCAAAAACCAUGGAUGAGAUACGAAGGCAGUUGGUAUUAAAGCUGAACAGGGAAUAUACGCUGGAUAAAACACAGAUCCUAGACAUAACUGUGCGGGAACUGUACCAAGUAGUGUCCAUCCGGCUGACUGACGACAGGACAGACAAAGAGCCAGUGGACAUAGCAACUGUGGCCUACUACAUUGAGAGAGAUUUGAAAAGCAACAGGUUUGGGUUUGAGGUGGACGGCCGGAGACUAGAGGUGGCGAGGGACUCCGUCAAGGUCCUAUUCUUUCACUAUGACCACCAACACAUGGACAUGAUGACCAUCAAUCCAGGCUUUGCUGCCCUCAUCCUCAUCAUUGCCCUGGCCAUUAUCAUUGGUGUUUCUGUGUCUGUGAGUAAGAGCAAAACUAAUUGUACACUAGAUUCAGUACAAUACCACUGCCAUCCUCACAUCACAACUUCUCUCUCUUUGUCCAUCACUAUUGUCAGGUGGUGGUACAAAGGAAAGCUCUGCUGGAGAGGAGAUUCCAGUUUGAAGUCAUUGAGGUUCAAGGGCAGAACAACCACCCGGAACAGCAAGAAGCUACCAUGACCUACUUUG